AUGGGUAAAAAUGAAGAAUUACCGAUUUUUUCAGAAAUUUUAUCAAACGUUAAAUCAAUUACAACAUUAUUUGGUUUACCAAAUGCAUCAUCAGCAUUUACUCUUCAAAUACAUCCUUUGAAACUUAUAAUAUCAGAAGGGGAAUCAUCAUCAUUUAAUAGAACAAAAACUGCAUCACCAUCAACAACAUCAAGAACUGCUACAAUACAAUUUUCUCAAACAAUAGAAACAUCUGAACAACCUUCAAUUACGCCUUCAAAUGAUAGUUUAGAUCUUAAACUCAAACUUAGAAGUUAUGCUCGUAAAAAACCAGCAAAACAGGCAAAAACAAUUGAUGUUAUGCCACCAUUAUCAGCAAGCGAGUUAAAAAAUUUGAAAAAUAUAUUAUGUGGUUGUUGUAAUGCACAAUUUAAUAAUUUGGAUAAUGAGAAAGAGAAUGACGAGAAAAGUGUUGAUGGUGGUGGAUUUAUAAAAAUUAUGGAUAUGCCAUCAGAACAUUGGUUGGAAUUGGUAGACUGUUGGAUGUGUCAUCAAGAAGAUUAUAAACAAGCUCAAUUGGGAGAAAUAAUUGCCAAAGAAAGAUUCUGUUUAGUUGGUAACACGUAUUUUUUAUUACAUCCAACAGAUAUUAAGAAAGAUUUAAUUAAACUAGUUGACUGUACAAAGGAAAUUGAUUGGUCAAAAGGACUUUCCAAAAGAUGGAGACCUAUUUGUUGUUCUAGAUGUUUAAGUCCUAUUGGGGAGGGAUUAUAUUAUAAUCCAAAUAAUUUGAAAGAUGAAGAAAUUUCAGAAACAUUGUCAAUUCCAACAUUGAUGGCUGUAAGAUUCAGCAAAUAUAUGACAACUAUUGAAUUUAUAAAUACAGGCAAAGAACUGACAAGAAAACAAUAUCCAUUCGCCAGUUUUGUAGCAUUUGAUCUAUUAGAAUCAGUAAAAGCACAUGCUACCUAUAGAUUUAUCAUUAAAGGAAUCGAAUCUAGUCAAUUAUAUCUUUUGGUUUGGGUGUUUGAUUGGGAUACAAAAAUUAUAACUAACACAUUAACAAAUUUCAAAAUAUGGAAAAAAUUUCCAACCAAAUUAUCAAAUGAAUGUAAUAAUCUUUUCAAUCAAGAUAAUAAUGGUUUAGAAAAAAUAAGAAAUGAUUGCAGUAGCAGCAUUGAAAAAAUGGACCAAAAUCAAAUUAAAGAUAUCAAUGAUAAUUCUUCAACAUUUUCAAAGUCAUCUUCUUCAUCUUCAAG